AUGCCCACCACAAACGCUUCCGCGCCUCCUGUCUUGAUUGUUGGUGGCGGGCCCGCGGGCCUCGUAGCAGCACUCUCCCUCGCCCAGAACGGCGUCCCCGUCCGGGUUAUAGAGAAAAUUCCGGCAUUUCACGCCGCCUCCAGAGGCGCUGGCACGCAUUCGCGGUCGCUGGAGGUGUACCAUUUCCUCGGCGUCAUGGAGGACAUGCGCCGUGUGCUUCAACCUCUGAUUCCCAUGCGGGCGUACAAGCUCCCCGAGGGAACUGAAGUGACCCGAACUUGGAGGAUCUGGGAGCCAGUGGACCCCACUCCCGACAGACCCAUCACAACGGCAUCUGGGGCUAUGAUUGGACAGUUCGUGCUGGAAGGCAUCUUCCGGGACCAUCUCGCCAAGCACGGCGUUCAGGUCGAACUCGCAACGGAGCUCAUAUCAUUCGAGCAGGAUGCUGAAGGGGUCACCGCGGUGCUCAAACACGCCGCUGGUACCGCUCAGGAGAGCACCGAGACUUUCCGUGCAUCGUACAUUAUUGGUGCUGAUGGCGCUAAGGGCGUUACUAGGAGGCAGAUAGGCAGCACGUUCGAGGGGCUCACCAAAGACGGGGACGGCCAGGUCUGGGCUGAUGUGCGCGUCGAAAACCUGUCUGCUGAGUACUGGCACGUGUGGUUAGAGCCGGAGAGGUUCACCAUCUCGAUGCGCCCUACGCAUACCGAGGGCAGUUUUCACAUCGGCAUCGCUGGGGUCGGUUGGGAUCCCGUCGAAUGUAUGGACGAGACUAGAUUCGUGGAUUUCAUCCACGAGAACACCGGACGUCGCGAGCUCGAGAUCAGCAACUUCUCGUCAAUGACCUACUGGAAACCUAAGAUGCGUAUGGUAAAUAAGUUCUACUCAAACAGAGCGUUUCUCGUUGGCGAUGCCGCCCACAUCCAUCCUCCGGCCGGAGGGCAGGGACUGAACACGAGCAUCCAGGACUCGUUCAACCUCGCCUGGAAGAUCGCGCUCGUCUACAAAGGCCUUGCCAAGCCCGAGCUGCUGGACAGUUUCGAAACCGAGCGCCUCCCGGUCGUCACCCUCAUGCUCGCUGCCACCAGCGGACUUUACAAACGCGUCGUCGCGAGCAAGGACCUGAAGGAGAAGAGCCGGUCGCUCGAGUGGCGCAACAACGCGCUCUUCAUGUUGGACAUCAACUACCGCUGGAGCCCGAUCGUCCUCGACGCGCGCGGAAACGGGAACGACGUCGAUACACUGAAGGCGAAGGCAUACGAAGGGUACCCCGGGGAGGACGUGCACGCCGGCGACCGCGCUCCUGGAGCACCGGCACUCAUCGACGCCUGGGGCAAGGCGACGUCGCUACACGAGAUCUUCAAGCCCACUCUACACACCAUUCUCGUUUUCUUCCCGGAAACCGAGGAGGCGCCUGCCCAGAUCGAUGCCGUGCUGAGGACCGUAAAGGCGCUCCCGAAGAGUACCUGCCAGGUCGUCAUCCUUGCACGUCACGGCGCUCCGACGGCGCACUGCGGGGCCACCGGGUACCACGACAGCGAGGGCCACGCAUUCGGGUUCUACCACGUCGAGGAGAGGAAGCUGACUGUUAUUGCUGUCCGGCCCGACGCCUACGUGGGUGCUUUCGUGUACGACGCGGACAGUCUCCAGGCGUACUUCUCGCGGAUCUUCCGCAGUGCGUGA